CAUCCGAACGACAACCUGAGCGACCCGACCGUAUUGUUAUAUUUAUAAUACAUUAAACGUACUUUGACGUCGAACAUGUCCUCCAUUAAGUGGUGUCUCGUCGGGAUCAUGGUAGCCGUGCGGUUGUCGUCGGGUCAAAGUGAUUCCAUCCCGGAAAGGUCGUUCGGCGUGUUACGAUGCACUUCUGCGGACGGUCCGGGCACGUGUUUGUUCAAAGGCCUACUCAAGAAUGCAUUGCUGUACGCCGCGAGUCGAAAAGCAGACGUUUCGGUCACCACCGCCGCCGAUGACAGCAAAUUAGGCGACGGCGGCGGUGGUCUUCUCCAACAGCAGUCCAAAGGCAUCGAGGAAUACCUCAUAGAGCAGAUCCAAAAUAUAUUUGGAUUGUUUUCGUUUGGGUUCGAUCUGCCAGCCGAAGUCAUCGCCCCGUGGUCCCUGCUGAAGUCAUCUUUCCUCAACGGUAGAGGCAAAAAGAACAAGAACCUCGGUCCCAUGCUUGCCGCCGGCGUGGCCGUGAUGGCCGGCACUCUGCUGCCGUUGGCGUUCGGCGCGCUGUUCAUGUUGGCCGGCAAGGCGAUCAUGACCAGUCUGAUGGCCAUCACGAUUUCCGGGCUGCUGGGCCUGAAGUCCCUGUUCGGCAAACACGAAGCGGGCCACGUCAAGUCGUACGCUGCCCCACCGGCUCACUUCACGGAGGCGCAGUUCGAACAGGAGUUGGGCGUGUACAAGGGCCAGACCGAGGCCAAGAUGCACAGCUCGUCUGCUAACUAUUACGCGGGCGAGUCCAACCCUCCGGGCGCGUACUUCAAGGGCUCGCGGCCGACACAGCAACACAAUCAACACGACGGCGACGGCGGUCCCGACCAGUCGGCCGAGUAUUACUCGUCGGCGGCGGGCCCGAUGAUGCCCAACAAAAUCGCCGUGGUGGAGAAAAACGACUAGACGACUGCGGAUUUGCAUACGGUUGUCGUGUUAUAUUGUAUUAAUUUAUCGACGAUUCACUUACGCGUAUUUUUUUUAUAGUUGUUGUUGACGUUUUUGUCCAUCGACACGGUAUACGAUCGUUAUUGUACAUAAAUUAAUAUAAUAAUAUACGAUUAUCGGGUACUUACGACGGAGUUCCGCGAUAGUCGUUAUUUUCGCGUAAAACUCAUUAAUUUAUUAUAACUACAGAAGGAGUAGUGGGAAGGGAGGCCAAAAAGAAC